AUGUCUGAUUCCAUUGCCAUGUCAGAAAGGUAGGAGAUUUGAGCCCAUACUAAUCUUUCACCAAAACUAUUUUUAUAAAUGUAUCACGAGUCAAGCCUCAAUACCAGUGAAUAGUAGUAUUUCAGUAUUGUUCUAAAUAUUUUCUACUUAAGAUAUACUGUCAAUAUUACUUCAGUAGACUCAAAGUCUCCACGAAAUGUAGUUGUGGGAAAUAGGUAAAACAUCGUUCUUGAUAAUACAAGUGCAUCGCUAAAGCUCUUGCUACUAUGGUGGUUUGUCAUGAACAUAGAUAGUAAGUUCGAAUUACUCGUUGAAGUUAAAAUUACCUUCAGUUAAAGUUGUAUCAAGGUCAUUUCGCACGAGCUAGUUGUGAUCUCCUUAGUCAGGUCAGGUAGUUAAAUUUGCUUCUUUUCGGGUACCUCGACCGAAUAUUUUGUUGCUAAAAUUGAUCCAGAGUGCAACAGCAGUUGCACAGCAAUACCAGCUUAUGUUUCGAAAGACCUAAAGUAACCUGUAACCAAGUAACUCUAACCAAGUUGAAAAUUUACUUGAAUUUAGCGGCUUCUAUUUCCUUCGAGUGAGCAGGCUUAUUCAACAAUUUGACUGAUCAUAAGUUUGCUGAACAAUGUGUUGUUAUUAUAAUAUAUUCUUAUUGAUCAGAUCAGGGAGAUUAACGGUUGAAUAGCAGCGCCCAAUUUUCACUCAGCUCUGUCUUACCCCAACUGUCAUAUCUGUUGUUGUUCAUUUUGUAUUUGUUUAAUUAUCAUCUUGUAUCAUCAUUUUGUGGCAUGUUCUUGUGGCAGGUCCUUUGCUAUGAUUUCUCAAGAAAAGUUAAACAGUGAGCAAAAGGUUUUCACUCGAGUUCCUUGUUGCAAUCCUGAACGAAAUACGACAAAAAUUAGCAUAACGUUGCUUAUUGUGAUUAAGAAAUGAGAUUCAGUCUUUUUACUAAUGAAUAUUUUUUCUAAUGAACCCUCAAAAAUGUGGUGAACUGCAAGCGAUAUUUAGACAAUAUUGCGUGUGUUACAUUUUAAGGUCAGGAUUAAAGCCAACCUUAGACAUACCGCGCUGCUGACCGUCAAGUUUUGAUAGACAUCUUGACCUGAAAUUUCUUCAGACACGGACAACAAUACGAAGCGAAAUUAUCUCACAGAGAACAUAACUCGGCCUCCUUUUGAAUUCUCACCGCGCCAGGAUACGUCUUGAUAUCGUCUUGUUUCAAGCCACCGUUAUACUUUUUGAACCAAAACAUUCACGUUUAAUAGUGCCCCUGGAAAAACGUUAUGUGGCAAAAGAUAAACAGAUGCAGUGAACUCAAUUCAAGGAUAACGGAGAAAGUUUGACUGCCUCAGACGAGCGUUCCAUAUCAUCGUCAUGAUUGUUAUGGUUACGGUAACCUUAAAUUUAAUUACCGCUGUCAGAGAAUAGAACUUUAUGGUAAACAUCUUAAUUUAAAUUCAAAUUUUUGAAUUUAAUCCAGCUUUCGACGUGCUGAAGGGUAUUUAGACGAACUUUCUUGAGCUCAACAUGUUAGGUGAUGUGUUAUCUUAUCGAGUUCUAGUCUGCACAAAUAUUGCGCAAUGAGGCUUGAACAUAAAACAUAAUACGAAGGAUACAAAAAAUAUAUAUUUGAUGGUUGAUACGCGCAAAUUAAGUAAAGGAAAAUGAAAUUAUUAAAAUGCUGGCCUUGAAAUUAUUGUGGUAAAUUAGGUUCCUUUGAUAGUGGGUCUGCAUUUUCAUCGGUGUCCACAUUUGUCUGAAUACUGGUGUGGCAAGAUGCCAAGUUUUUUCUUUGUUAGGCAGGUUAAGCGCCCAGGAUGUAGAAAGACUGAGGGCCUUGCUGGCUGAAAAUACUAACGGAAUGGUACAGUUUUUACCAUUUUCAGUACCUUCAGAUAUGCAUUCACAGUUAAAAAGUUAGCAUUUAUUUUCCUGUAGACUUGUCUUUUUGCGUAGUCAUUGGUGCAUAACAAUAGUGCUUCACAACAAAUGGCAGCGCAUAAUUAAUUUCUCUCAGAUCAUUAUUUCCUAUCUUCGUAGGAAUGAUGAACAAUGCAAAGUGCAGCCUAAUUCGAAAAACUUGAACUUCAUACUCAUCUAUCCUCUUAAAACUCGGAGAUGGUCAAUGUUCAUUAAUGCAAGCUAAACGAUCUGAUAAUUUUGGUAGAAAUGAGUUAUUCAUGAAUAGCAAUGCAGUGGGAGGAAGUGGCCUGUAAUAUUUGGCAACUCAAAAGUCUCUCAAACUUCGCCCUUUGUAUUUUUUUCGCAGUUUUCUUUACAAUGAACCUUCCAAAGGUACUAUUUCAAAUUGAAUAAAGCAAAUGUAUCCGGACUAAAUGCGACGAAACAAGUAAUUCGCACUUCAUUGAACACGGAACCAAAAGAAGCAAAUUUAAUUAUGGCUUUCAUUGUUCUAGUAUGUUGUGAGAAUUUGCAAGUCUCAGCUUGAUCAGUUUUCUGGUAUGUCAUCAUCAUUUUUUAACUCAGAGAGAAAAGCACGAAAUUCAAAAAAAAAAAAACCUAGAAAAUGCGUGGUGAAAAGGAUCUAAAAUACACUCGACUAGUUUAAGUUUUGCUCAUGAUAGCUUCGGUGACGCAAUGCGACAGUUGACAAGAUUAACAAAUCCAAAUCAAAGUGGUCAGUAUUUUAGCAUUUCCCUUCCUUAGAAGUUUAUUGCACAGUCACCCAUUUCUGAUAUUUGACAUUUCCGUUCGGCCAUCAUUGACACAUCUUACGAGCUAGUAAUGGAUAAUUUAUUUGUACACCGUACAAGCUGCCUGUGUAUGCAAAAGUAUUUGAGUUUAGCUCACUUGUAUUUGCUAUCCUUUCUAUCUGCCUUCUUAGAAUGUACAGAAUGCGAUUUCCAUCGUCCAAUUGGCUUUUCCUGGUUUUUGCGUUGCUUCUAUCCAUCGGUAAGGCACUCCUACAGCACCUUCUUUAAAUGCACCUCGUAUUUUAUUGAAAAAGCAACGAUACUUUAUGCCCUGCAUUCAACGCCUUUACUUUACUUUCAGUGUAGAGUAAGAAAACCUUACUAAGCUCACGAUAGGACACACUGUAGAAUCAAAAUAAAAUCGAGAGGAUAAAUCAAAAACAAGUUUUAGUUUCUGUAAUACCCUGGGUGUAGGAACAUUUUUGUAACAAAACUUGUUAUCUCCGAAAUCAGCAGGCCUUUAACUGUCACUCUUUCCAAAUGGAAGCUACCCGAAGAAUUUACCACACAAAGACAUUUGGGAAGAUUUCAAACAAAGUCGUGGCAUACGUUUGCAAAACAAUUCGCAGUUUCAAAUAAAAAUAAGAGAGUAAUUCAAGGGUUUACGCUCUGGAUAAGACAUUUUGACUAGGAAUUAAUAUAGGCUAUUUAUAAACUUGUUGUAGCUUUUUUGUAGAAUGGUUGAUUUACUUGAUUUUGUUCACCAAUCUUUCUUACUUAGACGCUGUCCUAGCAAGGAAAUCUAAACAAGUAAGUCAAAUUUUUCCUCGGAAAAAUGUUUCAAUGGUAGUUUAAUUUCAAAGCUCAUACCUUGGUUGAAAAAAAAAUUUCCAAACUACUUGUUCAAAUUUGCGAGGGGUUCGUAUUUUUCAAUGAUUACUUGAUGUUGCUUAUGUUUUGUAUGUAAGAUGCGUUACGGAAAUCGAUUUCACUUUGGUUGUGCGAUGAAGAUAUGAUAGUGAUAAUUGAUUGAGACUGUCUCAAAUAUAGUGCAACUCACUUCAAUCGAAAUAAAAAUUUUUGCGAGACAUCAAUUUAUUCGAGUUGUACAAAGGGGGUGCAUCUCAUGAUCGGCUUGAAGCGUUUGUGUAUUUAUCUUCCUUGAUUCUUUCCUUAGAAUGUUCACCUUCACAUGACCAAGAGAGAAAUAGAGCAUUACUUUGGUGUCAAGGAUCAUACAAAAAGUAAGACAAAAAAGUUCCUUUUCGUAUGUUUGAUAAUUUUGAGCUAUUUUUGCGAUAUUUUGAGCAGUGAAAAGAAGGUUAGUGCAGUCGUAAGCCCAUUUAGGGUGUUGCUCAUGGAGAUCGUAACUGACAGCGCCCCCGAAGGUGGAGAGAGAAAUAAAGCUUCUUUCCUAAAAACGUAAUUAACUAAAGCCAGCCGAGUUUUGAACACGGACAUUUCGACCUGGAGCCCAACGUACUACCUGUUAAGGCAACGCGUCUUCCACAUUCCAACUGACACUGGGUAAGCCCCGAAAGGCCUAGACCUCUAAGAACGUAAGUUUUUACCAUCUUUUCACAGUUCCCGAAUACGAUAUUAGCUCGCCACAUCAUACAGACGUUAAUGGAAGGACUACGUCUCCCUUUCGCAUCAGGAGAGAUGUGGGUCAUUCAGAUAUUUUACAUUACGACGUGCAUGCAUUUGGUUCCAAAUUACGGCUUAGAUUGAAGCGAAAUGGUAAUCUCAUGGCACCGAACUUAGUUAUUGAGAGACAUCACGGAGAGGGUAUGGUAACGACUCAAUCUGCACCCAAAAACAAAUACUACUUGGGACAAGUUUUGUCCGAUCCAGAUUCCUUGGUGGCCUUGCGAGGUGACAGAAGCUUGGUAAGAGUUUUGUUACGUUUGAUGGUAUCUUGAGUUUUUCUCUAAACGUUUUUGCCAAGCGAUAGAGAAAGGAACAUGGUAAGUUUGACUUAUGUAAAGUUUCUGAAAAUGGUGCUCUCGCUCAGACACGCCUGUGUUUGCUACCGUGUUAAUGAUGUGCAUGAAAAAUGACGCGCUUCUAAUUGGCUGAAAAUUUGUGCAUUCUCUUGUAACUCGAGUGCAAAUAACAAAUAACACGCGCACACUUUCAAAAUUUCGUCUGUCUUGCCUUUCUAAUAUGUUUUUUUUUCAUGUAAAUUAUUAAUAAAUAAAACAUGAUUUCUCCUGCAAUUUGGUGUAAACAGCACUUGUAAAUUUUUCAAAGACUACAAAUUGUACUCACCCUAUGGGCUUGUGCAAUUUUGCUCUCUUUGAAAAAUUUACUCGUGCUUAUUAACACCGAAUUGCAUUCCAAAUCAUCUCAUUAGGCAUACAAAUUUCUUGCUGGUACUUACAUUAUGUUAAUUUUUCAUCAUUAGAUGGGUAUGAUCAGGACUUCUCGAGAAACACUAUUUAUACAGCCGCUCUCGCCACACUUGGCCAGGAGAGUAAGGAGAAAUGCGUACUCUACGCCGCACUUGAUUUACAGAAUUCCAACACAAGAAGCGGUUUCCUGUGAAAUGCAGUCAACAGGUUCGUUCGUUUUGUAAAACGAGCAAAUACUGGAAUUAGUGAUGCCACAGUAAUGGCGCAGGAGUAAUUUGUUUUAGCUCCAUUCGCGAUAUCCCAUGUUGGUUGGUUCCCGCCUUAUGGUUCUUUUGUUUUCGGCCUUCCUCCACGAUGAUAAGCACUGCCAAGUUUAACUCGACUUGGGCACAAGACGCGAGGAUCAAUCUAUGAUAAAUUCAGUUUACUUUUCAAUUUUUUUCUCUCUGGCAUUUCCACUGGCAAUUCUUUAUGUGAUUUUGAAAGCACUAAACCUGCUUUCGGUAAAGUACAUUUGCAAUGCUCCCCCCUAGGCGUUUGUUGUCUUUCAGCAGCCAUUCACUAGUAAGAUGGCAAGGAGGUAGCUAUGUAUCAGGUUUUAUCUCCAGAAAAUCAGGGCAUUUGGGGUUGUGAGGGCAUAACCCAUACUGGUCGAUUAUCUUGAUUUGUGCCUUUGGUCAUUGUUUCCGUACUGACCACGAGAGGGAGAUCUGUGUAACUCUCGUGAUACUUAGCCAGGAUUGUUGUCUGUAUAUCGCAUUGUGUUUAGAUGUACUUAUUUGGCCUUUUCCCACAGACCACUAGAUUUUUCAUCAGUACUGAUACCUUUUCUUUACUUUUAUUUUUCUUAUUUUUCAGGAAAAGAUCGUAUCAAGAGAUCUACACUUAAUAGGAGGACUCGUGAAGUAAAAACAAAUGGCUAUAAGUUUCUUGAAGGAGCGUUAAUUGUUCCUAAAAGCUACGAAGAGAAGUAUGGAACAGAUGAAUUUGCCACAGUACUCCUCGCUAUUGCCAAUAUGGUAUGUGUGCUUGGGCAUAUUUACGACGAAACAAUAUUGAUUUUGUCUUAAUCAACGAGUUCUAAAAUGGCUGGAAGCCAGACAAAUAUUCGCCGUAUCAGCAGCUUUAGGAAAAUGCCCGAAGGUUUUUUUUUUUUACAUCAGGGAACAAUUUUUUUUUCAUUCUAAAGAUGUCCUCUUUGAUAUGCAGAGGUUCACUUCAGUAGGAGUUCGCUUCAACGAAAGGGUGGUUAUUUACUAUCCUGAAAAUUUGCGAUGGAAGAUAAAUUUUAACUUAUCUUACACCUUUAAAAAGGAAAUUCCAUCUUUAUCAGAAUUACAUUUUUUCAUCUGAUAGGUUGCUGGUAUGUAUCAAGAUCCCAGUAUAGGAAAAAUCAAGGUCUAUUACGUGGUUACCAAGAUUGUUGUUAUGGAGUCAACAGUAAAGCUGGUAAGAAAUACUUUUAAGAACCAAGUUUGCUAAAGAUACUGUAGUUUAGAUUGGUCUGGUGAAAACGAACCAGAAGCCAUUGAUAUUGAAAAAGAUGAUAAAAGUGAAAGGUCGUAAUUGGAGCCAAGAGUGCGUGUGUAAACGUUGGAGACCAAGGCAUAUUGUUUCUUGUUUAAAAAGCUUCGGACGUGAGCCGGGAAAAGUGGUUCUGGCAAACGUGUCAGCGAAAGAGAAAAGAAAGAAAAAUAAAAGUCUUGCACUUUUGAACUCUUGUUUCUGAGAAGUCCUAUCGUGCUGCAUCGAGUCAGAAUUUUUUUUAAAGAAAGGGAAAACCAAUUGAAACAAGUUUAAUUGCAGCUAAAAACUUUGUUUUCUUUUUGCUAUGUAGGCUAAUUUCACUAAGGUCGACAGCAAUAGCAAGAAGCUGACACAGAUGUUGAAAUGGGCGGGACCUUCAACACUAAGAAGUAAUAACGACCCGGAUCACUAUGACGUGUUCAGUUACGUGUCAAAGUACGUAUUAUCUUUAGAUCCCCGGAUGAAUAUCAAAAUAAUUUUUAUUCGACGUCAUGUUUGUCGCGCACAGCAUUGGGUGGAUAACCGAGCAAAUAAUACUUGGUCUGAAAUCAAAGUGAGUUCACAUAAUGUUUCUUCUCAUUACUGCUGAAAUUAUGACGUGAGCUUUUCCAGCUUGGGCUCUGUUUUGUUUGCAAAGAUUGCUACACGAACAAACAUGCUCUUCCAGCUUGAUUUCGAACGAAAAUAUAUGAUGUUACAUCCGGGACUGUAACCCUUAAGAUCUGAAUAAUGGUCCCUUUCUAGUUGCUAUACUUUUUCACCUAAGUAAACAAAGGAUGAAAAGCACCCUCGAGCCGAUGUAUUUGUCCAAUCCCAUCGCCCCACUUUUUCCUGAAUGAUGUAAAGAGGGGAAGUUGCAUUUGAAAAACCUUGAUAGUGGUAUUUUAAGUCUCUCGUGGGGUGUCAGACUCAUCGGGAAAGGAGCAAACAGCAUCGUAUCUCCUUAAGGGUGAAAAAUACUUAUGGUUGUUUUACGAGGCAUUACGUAAACGUUUCAAAAAGGCACGGGGGAAAGUUUGCUUAGAGAGAGACAGAUACCAGCCUACAAUGUUAGAAAAACUCUACAAUUAACUCCUUUUUGCACAGAAGAUCAGACAGAUAAACAGAGUACAGACAGAAAGACUGUUUAAACAGUUUUUUAUUCGUCACCAAAAGGACUCUAUCAUGGAGCGUCUAAUUCCGGUUGAGAAUUAUAUUGUUUUAUGUAACUAAGCAAUUGUCUCCCUAGACUUGUGAUGAAAUUUUGUGAAUUGACCAUCUUACCGCUUUCUUCCUUUUUGCAGUGAAAUAAAAAGCGGAGGUAAGAUGCUCUUUGCUGACUUGUGUAAUCAGCUGAAAGAUGCCAAGCUAGAUGAAAGUCGUCGUUUUAGAAAUUUUCAAAUGUUUUUGGGUCAUAAAGGUUCCAAGGAAGGUAAGAAGAAUAAAGGGUCAUUAAAUAUAUCCUUAUAUGUAUAUUUUUAGGUCUCGCCAUUGCUAACCAGAUCUGCUCCAAGGCAGGCGCAGGGAAUGGUAACAUCAACGCUGAUGUUGGUCUUCAAACUGCACUUCACGUCGCACACGAGAUAGGUCACAAGUAAGUGACGACGUUGCGUUGUUUGCAUUUUUGCAUUACGCGUGAUGUCAGUAUUUGUCUUCGUCUUGUACGCUCUCCUAUAUCAGAUUUGUUUGUCACAAAUUGGCCCGGGAAAAAUAACCACCCGGAUCAAAUUUUAGAUUGGAAUAUUUUAAUAAUAUCGCGACAAGGUUUGUCGGAAGUUUCGUGUGUCGUAACUUGAAGUUAAGGUAGCACAAUUAGCUGAUGUAUGGACAGUUUUGUCGUUGCAUGUUUGUUUGAAUGAGGUAAGAAAUGCUUGUACCUUACCAUCACAUGAGAAUUAAAGGCUUACCUUUCUCUGUUGUCGCAGCCUUUACCUUGAUCAUGAUGGCGAUGUAGGGUGUCCGCAGCAUCAAUACAUUAUGGAAGCUGUUUUACCGAGUGGUAUCUAUGCAGCAACCUGGUCAAAUUGUUCGCGGAGGGUCCUUCAGGAAUUCUUAGGGUGAGUGCCUUCUUGUGGAAAAUCAGUUAGCGUUUCCUAAACUUAUGAAACAACUGAAUAUUCUCAAUCGUAUCUUGAUUAAAAUGAUCUACAUACUUUAGUAAAUGCUGCUCAAAAUUUAUUUUCCAAUAUAAUCUGGAAAACGAUUACCACUUAUGACUUUUAUGCCUUUUUACACGUACCAUAGAAAUACUUUUUAGAUUGAUUUUAAAUAGCAUUUUAUGUUAUUACACUAUAUAAUUAUACCUUUUGUAAUGUUAACACUCUAACGAUAAGCUAGGAAAUAUUAUGCGGUAGAUGGGCUUUGUUUACUUUUACAGAUCCAAAUAAUGAAAGUGUGGCAUCUGUGAACUGCUCUCUAACAUCUGCUAGGGUAAUAUCUUACCACUUUGUUCUUACUGUAUUAACAGAGGCAGCAAGUCUUGGUGUUUAGAUAACACACCCCUCGGCGAUCUUCCAACCCUUAAACCUGAGUAUCACGGCAAACUUCCCGGGGAAAUCUUCGAUGGAGACGCUCAGUGUGUCAUGCAGUACGGCGCUGAUUACGUAUUGUCACCUUAUGAAAAGGUGAGCUAUGACUGAGAAAGGAAGUACCACAAUGAAUAGGUUCGGCGCGCAGCAAGCCAUGGUUUAUCUUAUGCAGCUUUAUCUUUGAACCAAUGGGGAGCAAGUUGUUCUUGGAUUUGAAAUCGUUAUGGCUACACUUAAAAUAUUGGAUGGCGGAUUUGGGAAAUCAGUCAUUCGUUUCACACAAGUCAGCCAAAGUAUUUUCCACUAUAGUGAGAUUAGUCAAGCACCCAAGAAGAGAUGGAAACUUUGAGAUUACUGGUCCGCGGGGCCUACGCGUCUUAAGUUAAGGAGAGCCCUUGCGAAAUAUGCAGUGAAGAUGUCAGGCCAUCAGACCUUCUCCUAAACAGAUUAACAUUUCACUCGAUUUAAACUCAUCGCCCUUUCUUUCAAAAUAAUUUCUAAUUUAAAUUUUUUUUUUCAGGGAGUAUGCGAUAAGUUAUAUUGCUUUAAUCCCAAAAAGUGGAGUGCAAUUGAGUCGACUAGCACCGAUAGCUGAUGGGGCACCCUGUGCAGAACGCAAGGUAAGAGCAAGGACGGUUAUCCUGCGAUAAUCUUAUGAGCGCCCGUAGGCGUUUAUUAUGGCUAUUUUCUUCUGCUACGAGCGAAACUUCCAUGAAUACCGUCACAAAAAACACACCACGUACUUGUUAUUAACAUGUUUAAACGCUUUAGCACUUUCUGUUAACUUUAGAAAGGACUCCGUGAGAGUUUUGAUUUAAGCAGAGGCAGUGAAACAAAUUGCCGCGAGUAUACAAAAUAGCUAAACGGCAUGAGUAUACUUGCAAUUAUGCUGUUCAUGUCGUGAGUUAGGUCCUCAAACUUGAAAUAAAUUUUACCACCUGAAACCCUAAAACUGACCUUUAUUGCGAUGAAAAAGCUCCGAAAAAAUUUUUAAAUGUUUUUAGGCAUGGAAACUUCAGAAACCUUCUGUCCAGCUUAUAAGUUUACAGUGGUGAAGGAGUGGUAGAGGAAUUCUGGCUACAGACUUCACGUUUUUCCCGUCCAAAUUGAAGUAUUCUUCAAAAGCACUUUUAUAAUUAGUGCCUUCUAACUAGUGUGAUCUUGCACAUCACUAUUUUACAUAAGUUUUCUCUACAAUUUCUGCUCGGGUUUUCAGUGCCAUUACGUUCAUACAGCGGGAAAUUAAUUUGUCUUUGCUCUUCUGACCAGCGUUUCAUUCGGCUUCCAGCGCUUUGAUUGAUUUCUCGCGAUUUUUUUUCAUGGUUUUCAUGAGAAUCAGCGACUUUAUCACAAAUUAAGAGCUAAGAAUAAGUUUAUCUUUAUCUCUGACAAACUUCGCUCAGAAUUAUGUCAUGGAGGCGACAAACAACACUUUCUAUUGUUUCCCCGGCGUAACAAGCCACGGGGUAUGUUGGAAGAACACGAGAAAAGUUUGUUACUGGAGGUUCCUGCAAUCUGAUUGACUCUCAGCAGUACGAUUUAAUCUCAGAUCGUACUCUUUUCAUUUUUUUGUGACUUGUUGAAUAAGACAUUUUGAAGGACAAAAAUUUGAGCAAUUCAAUUGUAACAUUUCAAAAUUAGAUGUUGAUAUAGAAGCGGAAAUUGGACUACAUAUUCGGCCAUUUUCAUGCGCGUUUAUUCGAUUUUGAAAUCGUGCGUAAAAUUCCAAACCAGAUUAAACUUCUUGCAGCUCAGUUACCGUAAAAAAAAACAAACCCUCUAAAUCUCUAAUGAUUAUUUGUCUUUACCGGUCUUAAUAAAGAUUUUCUGUUACAAUUACAGUGGUGCAUAGGCGGGAAAUGUGUAGACAAUGGCAAACCAAGAAUUAAUGGAGGUUGGAGCGCGUGGUCUCGUUACGACUCACCAUGUACACGGCCAUGUAACGGUGGAGUCACGUUCAGAACUCGAACUUGUACAAAUCCUGGGUAAGUUUGAAUAAUAACAAAUCUAAAACUGUAUUUCCUGCAGCAUUUGGGCCUUAGGAUUAUGAAAGGCGUGUUCGUAAUGAAUUUUUUCUACCGUUAUUUUUGUUUGUUUCUUUUGGUUGAGUGUGUGUGUGUCUGUCAGUCUAGUUUUUUUGUAGCUUUAAGUUGUUGUCGUUGUCGUUCGUUUUUUGCAUUUUUUGUUUCAACUAGCGAUUUUUAAGUUUCUUAUAUUUGCUUUUAAUCGUCUUCGUCAUUAGCCAUCUUUGUUCCUCCCUAGUGUAUGAUUUGUUUCUUUUUUAUUUGUCUAUCGCACUGAACUAAUCUUUUGUGGUCUUCUUCAACUUUAAGGUAGCUAUACACAGUGCAAAAACAGACACUUAAAAUUCUAUGACGUAGCGUCUUCGGCGGGUCUCUUCUGUGUACUCUUCGCUAUACAUUUCCUUUGGUAUUGACCAGGGGAAUUUUUUGACAAUCAAAGCUUCUUGGCCACCAUUUCCUUUAUUCUCGUGAUCUUCAUGAAUAAUUCAGCAGUAUAACUAUAAGAAGAAAUUAAUGGCUCAUAUUCAACAAGCGCAAGUGGAAUAAUUGUUUUAAUUAAAACCCCCCAAAAUAUAGAAAAUAUAGAUAAAUCUUCGGAAUUUACUUUAUUGUUUCCUCUGAGAUAAUUGCUUAGCUCCGAUUUAAUUUUGAGCAUGGCUUAUUGGCUCAUAACCCAUGAGCGCUAAGCAUUAUCUAGUAUACACUCGACUGCAAAAACGUUGACACCUAAUAAGCUUGAUUCACGAACGACAAGACCCAACACCUUUAUGGGAAAUGUUCGCACAGAUACAUAAACAGUGAUUUACUUCUCUCAUUAUUCAUGAAAAAAUCUUUUCUCAUGAUAAAACGUUUUCUUCCGGGAAAGUUUGGAUAGCUCUUAUCAUUCAUUACGUCCAACUUAUGGUUAUUAUAAACGCUUGUUGCGUGUCAACGUUUUUGCAAUCGAGUGUAUUUUCAAUAAAAUAUCACCUGCAAUCAGGCAUCUUCAACCGACUUUUUCUUACUUACUAGACCAUCUAAUGGCGGGGAAUCCUGCGUUGGAGAAAGCAAGGAGUGGAAAAUUUGUAACUCGCAGGUUAGUCCGGAAAAUCGCCCACAAAAAUACAAUUUAAUUUGGAAUAAGAGCGUCUCUGCUUAAAUGUUGUAACAGUGAUACCUUCGGAUUAUUUACUGGAGAAGUAUCCUCAACUUGAAUUUAAUAUUUAUGUUUUGCUAUUAAAAGGAUUAUAUAAGAUCAUGACAUUGAUUGCGUUUUGCGAUUCCAAAGAAUUGGAAGACAAAAAUUGUAUUCAAAUAUUAAAAAAACUUUGAGCACGGAUGCCGACAUUUUGAAUUUUGUUUAUCACUCUUGCAGGUUACCGUUGUCGUGGGCAAGUCUCAAACCUCUUUUGAUAUCUGUUUAAACAGUUUCAAUUCACACAAAUAAGCAUUCUUGACUCAAGUUAGAAGUAAUAAUUUUUAUUUCUUCGAUACCAGCGUAACGUAGCAGGUCCUUUUGAACUGCGCGCGUUUUUUUUUUUUACGUUGGCUGCCGGGUUACUGAGUUGUUUUCAAAAUGGUGGCAUCCCUAGACGAAAUUUUAGCACAUUUGCAGACAAUUUUCGAAUGAACGAUUAGGCGAAUCUUAAGAUCUCAAACCGCGUAAGGAGUAUAUGUUCAAACUUUAUAUUAGCUGAGAUAAAUUUUUGAUUGGGUCAGAACCAUGUUUCUUCUUUAAUCAAGCGAGAGAGAAGUAUGCAAGGCGAAGGAGUCUCCCAGACUGAUACAGAUCCAAUCUCUAUCAUGUUAUUUUAAGACUCCACGUUGGUUAACAAAAGAUAAGCCUUGAAUGCGCUCUGUUCUUUUGUAAAGCUCGCAGGAAUCGGCUGAAGCACGAAAGAAGUGUAGGGAGAAACAAGAGACGUAGUUUCUCACUUCUUUGUUUUAAAAGAAAGAAUCCGCUUACUUCCCCACGCAUUACUCUAUACUCUCUUAUAAAAUGUUCAGAGAAAUGCGCCUGCCGUGAUUGGUCAGAACGAGUUCAUUAUAUUUCAAUUAAGCACGCGCCUUAAGUCACACGAGUGCACUGUUGAGAUAUAAUGCACGCAGUCUACGUCAUCGGUACAAGCACGUGCAAUUCACGAUACAUUUUAUAUAAGAAUAAAAAAACUUGUUCCUCGAGCAUUGUUGAGUUUUUAAGCACUUGAGAAUUUUUAAGAAUACUCGAGAAGUGCUCCGCACUUCUCUCGAGUUCUUAAAAAUUCCCGCGUGCUUAUAUAACUCAACGAUGCACUCGGCGCGUUUUUCAUUUCUAUAAUAAAGCACGCGACAAUAAGCCAACCAGAAUCCUUGUUAGAAUAGUUCAAAGGAUCUGAUUGGUUGACCAAGACUAAAGCUGUCAAAAAUGUUAAACUAUCAAAGUUCACUAUCUGUAGUAGUUUACAAACUGAAAUAGUUCGGCACGUCGAAUUCAACACUGCCUGAAGCCUUUUAGUCUCUAAUACAGAAUCUGAAACUGAAAUGUUCAGUGAAAUCUGACCGAAUUGAAGCUCGGAAAAACACGCACGUUUUUUAACAUGACAAUUAGAAAAUUAAAUUUGUUUAAGAGGGGUGUUUUAUAAAUGAACGAAGACCGAAUUUACAGGAAUAUGAAGACUGCUCGGGAUGACAGCGCCGUAAAACUCAGCUGCUGUGAUUGACGUGACCCUCUAACUCAAUGCAUUGGAAAACAUACAAGAGCAACCUCUUAUUUGUUCACUCAAGGGGUAGCUGAUGUAAACUCUGAGGCUUGCUUCACUGCGAUGACCGGAGAUUGCGAUAAUGAGCUAGCCGCGAUGGACCUCAGCGUGAUCGCAGUCGCUCUGACACCAACAUGAUUAAGAUGAAUUUUAACAGUUAUGCCAGUUUGGCUAUACUUUUCAUUAUUCCUGUUUUGCUCUGUUUUGUUUUUGACCACGAAACUAUGUAUACUACACGAGUGUUAGCUUGUUUGAUUUUUCUUACCGUACUUAAGAUUGAAGAAAGCCUUAAAAACUCGGACUGUCCAUUUCGUUUUCUCUUUUAGGAUUUUCGUCUCUGCUCACGUUAUAAUAACGUCAAUUACGGCGCUUGACAGGUUUAUAAACCUUUGUUUGGUUCUACUGUUGCCAUUUGAGGACUUGCUUGUUCCGAAAUUACACUUUCAGUUAACGAAAAAAAACCUAGAGUGAAGCACGGGAAAUUGUCAGACAUAGUGCAAUUUGGCAGAUGGCGUGACAGCUUUAGUUCUCUCGCUCAAUGUUCUAUACUCUGAUAGAGCACGCUGUUUUAACUAAUAACAGCGCGCGUGAUAUCCGAACUUUAUUAUAGUGGUCUUUCGGGAAUAAUGUUUCAUGGACUGUUUCUGGUUGGUAACCAAGGCUUGAAUGUUUAUAGAGGAUAACAGAAAGACGCUGUAUGAGAUGUCCAGAUGAGGGAAAACUGUGAUAAAGGAUCUUUUGCUUUUAAAUCAUCGGGUGGUUCUCGAACACUUUAGCGUGGGAUUGACUACAGGAUCAGUAAUUAAUCCACUUUAUCAUUUUUCUUACAGGCCUGUCAAGAAGGAGCAAAAACAUUUAGAGAGGAGCAGUGUUUAAGAAAGCAAUCUGGCUCAGUUCCCUACUUUGGUUCAAGUUGUAUGUGUGUGACUUUGACUGUAUUUCAUUUAUAUAUUAUGUGCAAUUCAAGGCCAUAUGUUUACGAAGCUUCGAGUAAAGUUCGCUUGCCAAAAAUUAUUACCUGCAAUUUUCACCGAGAACUACAAUUAGGAAGCUGGCAGCAUGUUUUCAAUUAUCGAAUCUAAGGUUUCCCUUGCUUAUUCGGAAAAAAACUUGCCUAAUGAGUUAAAAAUCACCAAGCAAAAUGUAAUGGUAAGACAACUAAAUACGAUAAUUUAACUAAGAUACAACACUAUUUUCGUUUUUUCAGGGAAGUUACAUUUUAUUCAUUUUUCAUUUUCGUAAUUCAUUUAUCUUAUUUAUUUUCUCAGCCCUUUGUGAAUUAUAUUGUCGUGUCGGAAGCCUUGUGAGAGGCAAAGGUACCGUAGAAGACGGAACGCGUUGCAAAGCAGACAAAAAACACUUAUGAUGUGUGUAUCCAAGGAAAAUGCCGAGUAAGUGACUUAAGAUAAUAUUGCAAAAAAAUUAUCGGUAUCUAUUUUUUCUGGUUUGAAGAUAUCUGUUCACAAAUUUAUCUGAGAGAUUUAUAGAAAGUUUGCGUAGCUACUAUGGCUUACGAAAAAGUGUUCUGGUACCAACCUUACUUCGUCUUUAGAAUUCUCAGAGAAUAUUACAAUUUUGCAACCCGCAAAACUGUUUUAUCUUCAUGGAUUGCUAAGAAUGGAGAAUAUUUUAAAAAUCCUUUAACUCCCAUGAGUGACCAAGACAGAAUUUCUCCUUACAAUAUCAAUACAAUAUCAAGCAGACAAGUGAUGAGAAUAAAAACAAUUUUAACGAAGGGUAAUUAGUGGAUCCAGUACCAAAUUCUCCAAACUAAUAUCACAAGAACUAUAUGGCAGACAGUAAGGGAAUUAGUAUUACGAUCUUGGGAACUAAAGGGUUAAGUAGAAUUGUGAAUAAAGUUCUAAAAAAAACCUAACAAACAAACAAACAAACAAACUUCAACUUCAAGGAAUUAUUUUCAAAUCAAACCAUAUUUCCCAGUCGAUAGUUUUCCUCUCAUCUCGUUACCCUUUCUUUUAAUCGAAAACCUUGUGGCAUUUUGAGGAGAAAAUCUUUGUGAGUCACUCCUGGAAGUGAAUAAUCUAAGAUAUGUUGAAAAUUUGUAAUAUUUUUCACUCCGUCAUGAAUAUGCAUUUAAGGAUGUCGGGUAAUUAUGGUUUUGAAAUGUCACUUGACUAAAUAGUCGGUUGGCUGUGAUCACGUUCUGGACUCCAACGCAAUGGUGGAUCGCUGUGGCAAAUGUGGCGGGGAUGGGGACCAAUGCUUCGUUAUUUCUGGAAGUUAUACGGCCUCUCAUACUGUAAAAGGUACAUUUCAUAGCCCAGUAGGACAGUUCUUGUCGAUUACGUCAUAGUUGUGCAAAUAAAGGGACACUAAAGAGGAGUUAGGCGCCUUACUUUGCUGUGAAAAUAGAGAUAUAACUAAUAUUAGGUAUGUGGCUUUGACGCCUGAUUCACUUGCACGGAUUCCGCUGCAAACAUCUCGUUCAAAUUUUUAGGUGUGUUUUAUAGGUGGAGUGGUUACCUGGUUUUAUUGGUGGCCUUUUUCAUUUUUUUUUUAGAUAAAAUAUUAUGAAUAAGACGGUUAUUUGACUGUACUAGUUUGAUAAGUGUUCUAUGUCUGCUUCGGUAAUCUAUGAUUUCACUCGAGUUUGUUUGAUUCUCUGUUUCCUCGCUCUUUGUUUUAUUAUUAUUCUCUUAUGUCUCAGAGCUUUAACAUUUACGAGGCAAAGUUAAGAUUUUUAUCGCCUCUUUACCAUUUGCCGAGAGUACACAACAGUGCAUAAGAAACCUCAGUAAAACUACGAAUGAUUAGCGAAUAACACCUUUUUUCAUUUUGUUUCUUUAAUUCUAGGUCUUGAAAAUGCAGAUGUCGUUCAAAGACUUCUCAUUGGUGCUUACGACGUUUCUUUCAAAAUGAGGCAGUCAUCACGUAAUUACCUCGGUAAGAAAUCGAGGGACUUAAAGUGAAACCAACAGUAUAACUUAAAGAGGAAGUACGCUUCAGGAACCAUAUCGGUUGUUGCUGUCAUUAACAAAAAAAAUGUACUUGAAAUUACGCAGUCAGUGUGAGAAAUUCAUGCCUGUAUACUUUGUAAUGGCCGAUAGAGCCUACUCGGCUUAUCCUCUAAGUUUGACCUGAUGUGUGCUGAGCGUUAGAACCCAUAUCGAUUGGGUGUUGUUAAAGUAAUUACGACCAAUCAGGACAAAGGUAGACAUCAUCAGGGGCUGGUGGAAUCGAAAGGUGAAUCAAUCGAACUGCCUGAAACACGAGAAAAUCAGUGUAAGCAAGUCACGAUUGGUAUCGGAAUUGCAUAUGUUUCGCUAAGAUAGUGUUACGAGUUUUCUGACCAAUCACAAAGCAGAGCAAGCAAAACAGAGGAACACACCCUCUCCUGAAUUUUCACGAUUUAUCAUAUCAGGUGUUGCGAAGUAACAAUUUCUAGCUAAUCAUUAGACUGUGAAUACUACUGGUGAAAGCGCUUGGUUACAUUUCAGGGGUUCAAGCAGACAAUGGAACAUAUUUAGUGGGCAACGUAAGUAAAAACGUCCAGGAAGUUUCUGCUGCUAACACAGUUAUCCAGUAUACCCGCAAGAAGUCAAAGUACAAAGUGAUACUCACGAUCCCAGGUCCUACAGAUCAGAUUCUUAAAGUAGUGGUAAGCAUUUUUCUAUUAGGUAUUGUUGAUAGUAAACUUAUUAGUGACUUUAUCUGUGCGUUUCCCGUAAAAGUUUACUAAAUAGAGAGUAAUACAUGGGCACGUGUGGAUAUGGAAAUUCUCUUCGAGUGUUUACCUCAAUAGCUCACGAGUGAGCGCUGCGAGCGAGUGAGAUGUCGAGUUGAACACAAGAAGAGAAAUUUCGUAUCCACGCGCGCCCAUGUAUUAUUUUUGUUUAUCAUAUAAACACAAAAAGUCCUUUGAGGCAAGAAAAGUCAACUUUAUUAAUGAAUGAAAAUAAAAAGGAUCGACAAUCACCGAGUAAAAAUCGUAAAGUCCGUCGGCGCUAAUGCUCAAAGAGAAAAACUGCAUUGAAACACCACAAAAACAAACAAUGGCCGUAAUUUUCAUUACACAAAAUAUCUCGGCUAUUGACUCGGUCCUUACCGAUAGAAGAAGUCUUUCAGGUAAACGGCCAAAAUUGGCCUAUGGCAAAUCUUUCAGUUCUUGAUUUUCGUUCUCAGCCGCGAGAAACCACUAAAUACGUAACUUUCAGUUUUUCUUUCGGUAUUUUGGUUUUCUUCCCCCUCUAGGAAAGAUUGAACGUCACUGUUAGUAAAAGAUACGGAUUUUUAAGUGUUUAGGAGCCAUAAUCCGAAAAAAUUCCGACAAAAGACCUUGGAUUGUGAAUGGUGAAGGCUUUGCCGUUCAUUUAUCAACCUGACCAAGUGGCGCGAAAGGCGAGUGACGUGUCAGCAGCUGAUUGGCGAUAUCAAACACACGUGAAAAAUUACGACAUUUUUCACGUGUGCUGUUACGGCUUUUCUCAGGCUGGUAAUCCUUGUAUAAUACCGCAGUUUAUAUGAUAAAUAGAGAAUAAUAAAUGGCGCGCGUAGAUAUGGAAUUUUUCUUCGAGUGUUCAACUCGGUAGCUCACGAGUAAGUGCAGCCAAAAUCGGCUUGUGGCAUAUGCAGGCUUGUCUUUACACAUAUCAUUUCUACGCCAUUAUUUCCCACUUUAAAUCAUAUUUCACGUCCCCUUUUGCAUGGAUGUGCACCCUUUUCCUACGAGCGUUUCGUGUCUCGUAUAUUCCCUCAGCAUUUGGCAAUUUUUUUGCCUCGUGUUAUCUUCGCGUUUUAAUUUUUGCCGUCUUAUUUGUUGGUAUUUUUUUUACCAAAUUCGUUUUCCUCUUCCUUACGAAUUUCCUUCUUCUUCACAUGCGUAUUAAAGAUAAGUUAAAUUGAACGCCGAAUAAACGUAAUUGAUUAAAGCGAGCCCAUGCCUCUUCAAUAGUAUAUUCUUCCUGUGUAAAUCAAAAUGGCUGUGCAUUUUUUAAUACUUGUAACUGAUAAUAUGGGUGGGGGGGGGGGGGGGGGGGGGAGUGGUUAUUUGUCGGACAUUCCGACAGGUUACUUUGUCACCUUAUGAUUUCAAACUGUCCUUCGUUCCUUUAUUUUCAGUACGUUUAUGUCCAAGGUGGAAAUCCAGGAGUAGACUUUGACUUUAAAAGGAUCGUUCAACCUUCCGACACACCGCCUGAGAAUAAAUUUGAAUGGGUGACAUCCACGUGGUCCGCCUGUUCCACAACGUGUGGCCAAGGUACAAACUCUUGAACUAGACGCAUGCGUGUUUCUUCUCUCUUACGCACAUGUUUCUGUUGGUCUUACUAAGGCCAGGCAAACCGUUUGAUUUUUCAUAAUCAAGGUAUACAUUGAAAUAGCCGAUAGUACUUACUGCUAUUACGAGAAACUGAACGUUUAGCUGUAAUUUUUUUAAGAUGUGAAUUUAAGUGUGCUUAUUUGAGCUCGGCAACAUAGAAGGCGAUAUUGAUAAUUUAGCUGGUGGCGAUACCCUCAACAUAGAAGGUAUUACCAUGAAUCCAGAAAAUCUUACGACGUACAUUUGAAAGAGCCUUUUUUCUAAAUUCAGUUAGUGCUAGAGAAUCUGGUCACCCCCCAUCACCGGGUAAAUUCGACUUUAAGUUUAAAUUUUCUUUUUUUUUAACACUGGGCUGGUGUGUUCUAAGAAGUGAAUUGAACAGGAACUAUCAACAUGUUGGAGAGGGUCAAUGUAAAAUAUGGUGAAACCCACAGGCAGAUACUUACCUUUUCGAUUAUCUACCUUCUCAUAUCCCAUCCUUGCUGGUGGAGUAACUUGACGGUAUUAGUCUGCGUUUUCACUCGCAGGUGUUCGUACACGCUCAGCGAGAUGUAUUCGGUCAGAUGACAAAACACCCGCCAGCGAUGAAGCCUGUGGAGCAAAAAUUACAAGUGAAUCAUGCCAGGUCAAGGACUGUCCCUCGGAGUAAGAGCAAUACAUUUCUUUGACAAUCGAUUACUGAGUUAAAUACAAAGCUAAUGGUCUACUUCUCACUAACGUGAGUUUGGGUUGAGUCUAACUUUUGGCUAACGCUUUCAGAGGCGUUCUUCAAUGGAUGAGAGAGGGUGCUGUUGCACGGCAUCUAUACAUUUUCUGGGUAGAAGGUAUUUUGGGAGUCUGCUCAGUAUUACAUCGAUCAGAAUCGAUCAGAGAUAUAAAUUUUGAAUACGUAGAUCUUUCCGUUGCCGUGAAUAAUCCAUUGCGAUAGAUUAACCUGCAGUCGUUCGGCUUUUGACGUAGAAAGAGAAGUCUGAGCGCCGCGGUCUUGUGUUUUAUUGACAAUAUAAGUAACUUGAGGAUUUUUGCUUUCAGAUGGCACACCACUGAUUGGUCAACAUGCUCCAGAUCAUGUGGCAAUGGGUUGCAGACACGCGGUGUCAUCUGCCGUAAGAAGAUCAACCCUACAGAUUAUGGACCAAGCACAAACUGUCCCGCUGAUCAAAAACCCAGCAUUUCUGAGAAGGUUCGAUAUUGUAACAGCAUCGAUUGCCUGGCUGAUUGGGACACUCAAGAGGGGUUACUGGUAAGUACCCCCUAUUUUUAGAGGGUCUUUCAAUCGAUGAUUUUCAAUUUUGUGCAUUAGGAAGUGAGAUAUUAUGACGGUGACGUCAAGUUAAAAGGCAUCCUGAAAAUGAACGUUUAUUUCUCUUAAGAAUCACGAGAGUAGCUCUAUGUGUUGAACUUCUCUAACGUCACCACAACUCCCUUUCAGCAUUAUAUGUCAAUGGGACGUCAAGUAAAAACUUGAACGAUUUUCCUUAGGGGUUCCUAACCUCAGGCUCGGAAAAAUUUUGUGAUUUUUCUUCUUAUCUUGCUCAAAUUGUUUGAAAAUGUACAAAGUUUUAAUGCAAGGACGUGGAGAGCUAUUGCUUUUUAGAUAUUUGUAUUCCGUUGCGUUCUCGUUUUACUUUUUAGGGUGUUCUGAAAGUCUUAUAAAGAUCCAUUACUGUCUUGCUUCAAUACUGUCAGCUAGCAGUCAGUUGCUGCAAAAUUAUGAAUGAGGAGCAGUUUGUAACAUUCCUUCAUACAUUUUGUGAGAAGUUUAUUUCCUGACAACAAUUUUAGUCAAUCCAAAUUGAUCGCAUAUGACUAAAGCGUACAACAGUGGGGGCUUUUCGUAAUAGUUAGAUGUCUUUGGAAGGUGUUAGUUUGAGGUCUCAGUGUCCGCUGGACCAGGGUUGAGUUUGCCUCUUCUUUCUUCCCCUUUCAUCGAUUCACGGUUACUCUCAUGUUUUUUUCUGUUGGUCUGCCUUGUGCCCUUAGUGUAGGGUGAAGGCAAUCCCAGGAUCACUUGCUCCAGCCUCAGCCGGCCGGCUACACCAGUUGUUUUGUUCUUCGCUUUGGUUAAAUUUUCGUUAAGCUUCCAUUUUUCACUUUGGCCGUAUGAUUUCUCCCCUCGCUACAACACUCACUCUUACCAAACGGCCUCUAUCUUUCCUCUAACUUUACAGAAAGACAAAUGCGGGGAGCCAAUUGAUCCAACGACGCUCUCUUGUUACCGAUUGGAUCACUUUGGCCAAAAAGCCAUGGUUCCGAAUCUUUUAUGUAGGUACAGAGCCAAGCCGACACGUCUCCCAUGUACAACUACAUCAAGCCCCACGGAACAAGGCAAGGAACAUACCGCAGCCCCCACAGACCCCACAGCCUCCGUCGACAAAAACGGUUCACAAUCAUAUCGACAUCAAAAUGCAAUAUUUACCAGCGUAUUGGUUCCUGUGCUUCAGAUUUUGCUGGAGUAUUAUAAUUUAGGAUAAGUGACAUUUACUGACGUCUGUCUACUAGCAUCUCAGCUAAAAUGAACAGCAUACAACAAAAUUAUUUCCUGAAAUGAUCUUUAUAUUUCCUGAAAUAAUCCGUCAGCAGGUUUUGCCGGGAUAAUAAAGCUACUAGGUCUCAACGAGAGUUAAACUGAGUUUCAGUAUAACAACUUUUAGUAUAAAACCGUUUUAGUAUAAUAACUUUUAUCUAGUUUUUUUAAAGCAGGACGACAGAUGUCAAGGGAAAACUCUCUCUGAUUCGGAUUGAGGAAAAAUAAUAGCUUAUUAUUUAGGAUGUGUAUGACUGACUUUCACUAUUUGAUAGUUGAUUCAAACUGCUAUAGGACGAUUAUUUCAAAAUGAAGUAUGCUGAAAUAUAAUUAACCUAGAGGUCAUUUUAAAAAAACCAUGUUUAUUAUAAAUAAAAUGACCACACAAGUUUUUAUUUGAUCAAUAAUAUUCUUUAAUUAUAAAAAAAAAAUGUAAUUUAGAUUAUUUUGUAUAAGCAAUGUUAGAAUAGAUAGGAUGCAA